CCUUGCCUCCCAAAUCAAACACCAGCGACCAGCAUGCACAACAGCCCAAGAGCACCCAUCGAUCAGCAACACGCAACAGCUACAGCAACCCAGCCGCAGCACCUACAUCAGUUGCUCGCCUUUACUCUGCUGGCCAGAGAAGCAAGCGGCAGUCUGCUUCUUCCUGUGUAUAACCUAGGCAUCAUAAAGGAACAAUGGAAACGUUUCCAGACGAACUGGGUGAUACCAGUGAAGAAACUAUGGCAGGUAGCAGUAGGCCAUCCACACAGAGGAGGAAGGAGAGGCUUCUAUGAGCCUCCCUGCCGAGACGACAGCUGAAUCACAAGAACAGCAAGAGCAAGAGCAUCAACAGAAAUCCGCAUUGUCCAGCAAGGAAGAAACCCUUCCCACUGAUCGUCGAGAGCUACAAGAGGAGGGCACGAUGACCAUGAAUAGUGACACUCAGGUGGCUGCAACUAAUGCUAAACGUCCCGCAGAAGCAGCUACUACAGCUCCCGCCAGGAUACCCCGCAAGGUCCACUCGGACGACGCAGUUGCCGGUGGUGAUCGUUCUCCGGAGCGGAAGCAAGCCAUGCGUCGCUGGGAUUCUGCCAAUAGCAGCAUCCAUCGUCAUCGCCCCGUUCAUCGCAAGAACACGAAUAGGGUGCGCUUUGACGCCUUGAAUGAUAAUGCUGAUCAUGAUACUGCACAAGAGAAGGAUCAGGUUGAUCUACUGAAUCUGGCGGCACAUCGAUCGCACGGGAUCUAUCGCGACACCGAUUCCUCUGAUGGUGAUGACCACAAUGAUACAGCACAGGCUAGCACUAGGAAGCAUCGACAUACACACGAUGCUUUGAUACAAUCUACACAUGAUAAUUUACGAGAAGAAAAACUACGGCAAGUUGGUGGUCAAGUUGAAGAGGAGGAUCAGGUUGAUCUACUGGGUCUGGCGGCAAAUCGAUCCCACGGGAUCUAUCGCGACACGGAUUCCUGUGAUGAUGAUGACCACAAGGACAUGGCAAAGGGUACCAACAGCAAACGUCGACAUGCUCACGAUGAUUUGAUACGAUCUACACAUGACAAUCUACGAGAAGAAAAACUACGGCAAGUUGGUGGUCUAGUAGGACACACUACGGAAACAGCAGCAGUUCAGGAUCCUUCUUCUGCCGUGGCGGCUGCUUGGUCGCAGGCAGAUGCCGACGCCAAGGCCAAAGCCCAAGCCAGUCGGAUACAAAACAGUCCAUCCCCACCGCGUCAACGGACCACACAUAGCGUCUCGACGAGCAUUCGGAGUGCCCAAGACACCACUAUACCCGGUGCCUAUCAAGGAGCACCGGGACAAAGAUUCGUGCGGACCCAACAAUUUGAUCACGGUGUUCUGCAGCAACCCAUGCUGGAAGAGAAUCCAUCCGUUCGUAGUUCCGCCACGGCCAUGACUGUCAACCUGGAGGAUGGAUAUACAUCAUCCUUCUCCACGAUUACAAGGCCAGCGCUUCCAGCAACGAUGGAUUAUACCAGUUCCGCAACGGUGGAUUAUACCAGUUCCGGGGACGUGAUUUCGGCCGUGCGUGUGGACGAAGAUGAUCUGGAAUUGCACAUUCGAGACGAAAUCACCAACAAUGCAGCACAAGCCGAAGUGGUGGAUCUGGAAAAGGAAACUGCGAGUCUGGUCGAAUCCAAGCUCAGCAAAGUCCGGAAAAAAUAUGUUUUCUUUGGAACAGUUUUGUUGCUGUUGCUCAUUAGUACUGUGUCGGCGUUGGUUAUGGGUAUACUCAAAUUGAAGAGAGAAGAGAGUGAUAACGACGAUUUGGAUGGGGUCUUUGGCUGGAAACCCUCGACUUUGGAUACGGUUCGAAAACGAGGAUACUUGAAUUGUGGUUCAACACUUCGCGAUGAAACGAUCUUGUUUGACAGUGCUUACAUGGACGGAGGUGCUGCCUUCAAUACAGGAAUUUGUGAGGCCAUCGCUGCAGCAGCGUUAGGAGGAGACCGGAAUGUGUCACAUCAUCUUCUUUCUGAGACAGACAGAUGGACGGCCCUGGAAAACGGAACCAUUGAUGUCUUGUUGGUGGGGGUGCCAGGAGUUAUGACGUCCCUUCAUUGGAAUGUCGAUCCCAACAUUCCAGUCACAUUUUCAACACCAAUUAUUUUUGAUGGAGUUGGCACUGGUGGGAUGCCUUCUUACAUUGGCAACUGUGCCAAUCGUUCUGCCUACGUCAAUUUCAUGGAUUGCCGGGAACUCAAGACUGCUCUCUACAACAAGUUUGCAGAUGGCUGUUGCAACAUCAUUUCCACCGACUACUCAAAUGAUCGAGCUGAGAUGCUGCUCAGAGAAUCUUCUGGCUACGACGGACCAUACGCACUCUCUGAGGGCCUGUUUUCGUUUCAACCUUAUGCUGCUGCAACUCGGAAGCCGACCUGGGCCUUUCGUGGGAAUGUGACCGACGAUUAUAGAUUGAAUGAUCCGCAUGUCUGGUCGGAGUUUGUAAAUUGGGUUAUCAAUAGCUUGAUUGCAGCUGAGGAGCUCAACAUUACACAAUCUACAGCAUACCAAUUCAGACAAACCAAUGCGUUUGGUCGAGACUACCAGAAUAUGUUCAGACAUGCAAUUGCCGCUGUAGGAAACUAUGGUGAAUUGUAUGAAAGAACUAGACAAUCCACUUUGCCUCGCGCAGGCAUGAACAUGCUCAACGAUGGGACAACUGGGCUGCACUACGCUCGAUCCAGUGGGGCUGUGACAGACUUUGGUCCCGAUCCGUACGAAAAUGGAACGAUCAGUAGAAUUCUGGAUCGAGGAAGGUUGAUCUGUGGGAUUCCAAUGCCUCUGAACUUUACCUCUUUCAACCUGACAACCGGUGAAAUGGAACCUGUGCGUCUUCCAACAUUGGAGCAACUACAGCGACAGGGAAUGUUGCCAACCUAUCUGGACGAGAUCUUAGGGACUGCGAACAUUGAUAUCGACUAUUGCCGGGCACUCUCGUCUUCUGUCUUCAUGGGAGAGACUGCGGAUGUUAAAACCUGUUCUCCAGAAGCACACGAGUUUGACUUGAUCCCCAAACCGAUGCCGUUGCCAAGAUUGCAAUUGGUCUUGUUUGAAAGUGAAGCCGACGGGUACAAGAAGCUGGCCAGUGGACAGGUUGACGUGGUUGCUGGACAUCGAAUGGAUAUUCUUGGAGACGUUCAAGAGACCACAACACGUCGUGGGUUUACUUUCAGCCAACCGUACUUCUACGGACCGACGCUAUCUGGACAUGUCACAGAUGCCAACCGCUGCCUUGUGACUCGGCAACACGAUCAUCAGUGGUCUGAAUUUGUGCAGCACAUCGUACUGGCUUUGUUCUAUGCGGAGGAGAAUAGCUGCACCCAAGUUCGGGCUAACCAAAUGCCAGUGGUCAACAGAUUUGGUCCCUCCUACAAGCGACUUUUCAGGGAUGCUGUCUUUGCCGUGGGAAACUAUGCAGAGGUUUAUGCACGAUCUGUUGAGCCUCUUCAUCCGAGAGUGGGCGGGCCCAAUAUGCUCAACACUGAGUCGGAUCCUCAAUUUGCUUCAUUGCCCGGUCUUCGUUGA